AUGUUGCGAUAUCCAACGAGACUUUUCACAACUGCUCGCGCUCUUAAUGCUAUUCCGAAAAAAAACAAACUCCCUCCUCGACCAAAGUGGUUGAUCAAAGAAGAAGAAAUUGAAGAGAGUUUCAUUAAAGGUGGUAGAGGUCCUGGUGGACAAAAGAUCAACAAGACAAACUCAAAAGUGCAGUUGACUCACAAGCCAACUGGAAUAGUAGUUACUUGUCAAGCGACAAGGUCUCAGGAACAAAACCGGAAAAAGGCGAGGGAGAUUUUGGCAUUGAAGUUGGAUGAUUUAUACAAUCCAAAGACUAGUAGGAAUGCUGUAUUAACUGAGAGGGCCCAAAAAGUAAAACAGAGUAAGACAAAGAAAUCAAACAGAAAGUAUCGGACAUUGGAUGAAGCAAAAGAAGAUGAAAAAGCCAUGCGAUUACAACAAGAACAAACGUUAAUUGAAGAGCUUAGUAUUAUUGACGAAGAUGAGGAGUUUGACCAGUUUGUAAAGACUGCAAAAGUUGACUUGAAUGGGUUGAAAGAGUAG